AUGGAGCUCCGGCGGCGCCAUGCCGCGGGCGCUGCAGGCCUCUCGGCUGCGCCCGAGCCACGCGUGGUGCUAUCCGAGUCUUUACUGCGUCGCCGCCGCCCGUUGGUGCUCGCGCGUCCACUGCGCUCCGCGUUCCAGCGCCUGGCCAAGCCCAAGAAGGUUUCGACCACUGAGGACCAAGCAGCCAUCUCGAGCAACUCGAGUGCAAGCGCCCACACGCUCAGCGGCAAGCGCCGGCGCGGGUCGGAGGAGGUCGCCGCACCAGCCUCUGGCAGCCACUUGAAGCUGCAGCGCUUCGCCCCGACGCAGCGACUCGUGGACGACUGGGCGGACUUCUGCCUGUACCUGGAACUGGACAAUGCGAGUGACGCGCAGACGCUGGAGGACGCCCACGCGGUGGUACAAGUGGCGGCCAGCGCCCUGAGAGCCGCGGGCUGCCGCGUGGCUGUUCACAGGCUGCAGGCCCCCGACUCGGAGGUGCUGGCCGCUACCAAGGAGGACACGCAGGCCUUCGCGCUCUCAAUCGGCAGUGAAGUGCCCGACCAGAGCGUCACGGAGCGAGGCGCGUGGGCCGGCCGAGUGGCCAUGCAACUGGCCCCGUGGGUCACGCAGCACCCGGACUACACGAGCCACGUGCUGCCUCUGAGGGGCGCGGCGCAGUGCCAAAGACUGUGUAAACUGAUACUGGCCGAGCUCAGACUGGAGCUGGACGUCUGCUGCUUGCACGAAGACGGACACGGAGAACUGGGCAAACUGACGGGCGUGCCUGUGCUGCUGAGCGCCAGGGAGAAGCUGCUGUCCCAGGUCAUGCGGGCCGACGGACUCACGAACGUCGUGCUGUACCCGCUGCAUCGAGACGAAGCGAGACGCCAGUUGACAAGGCGCUGGGGCGCGCAGAGCGCCUUGGCGCUGCCCCCGCUGGAGGAAAUCUACGCGUACUUUGGGCCGAGAAUCGCCAUGUACUUCGCGUGGCUGGCGUUCUACACGCGGAUGCUGGUGCUGCCGAGCGUCUACGGGGUCGUGGUGCACGUGCUCGGGCUGUUGAAUCUGGCCCCCAGCUACACGGUGCACUGCGUCUUGGUGGCGAUCGGCACCUCGCUCAUUGCCGACAUGUGGCGCCGGCGACAGAGAGAGGUAGAGUUCGCGUGGGGCUACGAUGGCGUGCUGUCGUCCGUGCACGCGACGACGAGACUGCAGUUUCGAGGCGAGUGGAUGCAAGACCCCGUGACAGGCGCGAGGUGCUUCGACUUCCCACACCACAAGCGGCUACUUCGACAGCUUCUGGCUGUUCCGUUGCUGGUGUCCAUGUGCUGCUUGGUCGGGGGCUAUGUUAUCGGGCUUCACGUGCUCUCGGAGCGUCUUCGAGCGAGUUACAGUGAGAGCUGCCGCCGGGCGUGGGCGCGAGAAGAGCAGGUUACGACGAGUGCUGGAUAUUGGGCGUACGUUGCGGAUAAAUGGGUGCCAAGUGACGAUAUGAUGGUCUGUGGACUGGUUUCGCAUGGGCCAAGUGUCAUGAACGCAGUGAUUAUCUACGUUAUGGACAAUUUGUACCAGUUAUUAGCUCGGAAGCUCACGGAAUUUGAAAACUACCGCACUCUCGACGAGCACGAAGCGCAUCUGGUCGCCAAGCGAAUGCCUUUCCAUCUUGUGAACAGCAACGCGUCUCUCUGGUUUCUCGCCUUCUACGUCCGUCGUCUGGAUCGAGUUCGUGAGCGAUUAUGGAUUUUGCUAGUGGCAACGCAGUUGAUUGAUAACUUCAAGGAGGUGGGAUUGCCCCUCGCGGUGUCAGUUGGUGGCCAAGUGCUGACAGCGGAGAACAAGCGACGUCGUCGACAGAGUCUCGAGAGCCUCCAGAGUGAGGACAUUGAAGGCAGUCUUCGACCCCGCAGGAAAAACUCCAUGCCUCAACUUCGAGCAAAGCAGGAACGUGAGCGAGUGGAUGUUGCGAAAGCUGCUACUGAACAGCGCUUAGCUCGAGUGCUCAUGCAAAAGCGGCAAGCCACCUAUCGUGACACGUUUGCAGACUACAAGGAGCUCAUGGUGCAGUUUGGCUACGUGACUCUGUACAGCCCAGUGUUCCCCCUUGCCGCAGCAUUCGCUUGGCUGAACAAUGCAAUCGAGAGCCGAUCGGACCUCCUCAAGCUGGUGAACCGCCACGGAUAUCAACGACCAAUUGCAAUGCAUGCGAGAGGCAUCGGCGUCUGGGAGAAGGUGCUGGUGAGUUUCGCCGGGGUGGCUGUUGUGGUCAAUUGCGCUCUCGUGUGGACCUACGAGCUAGACGAGUUACUGCCUGCGUGGACGGACCUUCAGCGAUUCGCUUUCAUUGUGGGGUGCGAGCAUGUGAUCUUUGUCAUAAAAGCUUGGUUGAACUGGGCUGCCCCUGAGGUGCCAGUAACCUCGUCGCUUGGCAAGAAGCCAGUGUUGCCGCCCGCUGGACACGCAAUUCCAGCUCAAACCGAGAGUCAUAUUUCACUUGCUGCAGUACACGGGUAG